AUGUCCUACAACGCUGAUGAGUUCAACUGGGGAUCAGACGUGGAAUUCAUGGAUGCGAGAACCGGCCCACUUACCAACGCCAUCGAAACAAACCUGACUUUGUUCCGGAAUAGAGGUGGGAAAAUGAUCGUUCACGCUGGCUGGGCAGACCCCAACAUCUCCCCACAGUGGCCGAUGAAGCACGUCGAGGCUAUAACACGCGACACUCUUGGCAAAGAAGUGACCAUAGCAGAGAACGUCUUUGUCAAGCUCGUUAUGAUACCUGGAGGUGGACACUGCGGGUCUAUGAACGCAAAAUAUCCAUACGUACCAGCACAAUACGACUUUACUUCUGCACUGAUUGAUUGGGUCGAGAAGGGAACGGAACCUAUGGCGGGUAUCGAGAGUUGGGGGCCCGAAAAUGGAGAAAAUAGAACCAGAAGGCUUUUGUACAUGGCCGCAGAUUGCGAAGUUGAAUAA